AUGCUUAAACUUUCCAAAACAGGAAAAUUUGGUUUGCUAGAAGAAUCAGUCUUUCGGUUGUUUAGAAUGGCUUCCCUAAUGACUAUAUUUAUGGUUAGUUAUGAGGAAUUAAUGGUCCCUGAUGCUUCAUCUCAAGAGGGGAAUAAAGGUUCCCGUGAAGCAAAGUUUAUGUUGGAGGCUUCGUCUUCAAUUUCCCAGUCAGUCAUGAUGGAGCCUGGGGAAAAGAAAAUCACUCAUUCUAAGAAGUUGGAGGCUUUCCAAGAGGAGCAGUAUGAUUUAAACAAACAUCUGUUGAAUAUUUCCAACGACAAACUCGGAAAAGUUACCUUCAAGAAUAAUGUGGGUCAACUAGAGUUGCUUGUUCCUGAUCUCCGAGCCUUUCAUGGCUUCUUUAAAUUUGUCGCAAUAACUAAUUUGUUGUAA